AUGCCGGGGUUCAAGUUCAAGCACCUUGUCAACCUUCUUGAGGAUCUAGAGAAGGGCGAGAAGAAGAACUCGAACCUGUACAAAGGACUGCCCCCUCUUGCCAUCGCUCGCGCAAUCACUGAAGACUGGUUUAAGCUUCACAACCACGAAAUCAAUCGUAUAGGGCCCUCGGCACUAGCCUUCUUGUCUUGUCUACUCCCUCAUCGCCUUUCACAUCGUACUUAUGGCUUACGAGAGAGGCGUCUGGGCACUGUGGUUGCGGAUGCCCUGUACUUGCCUGAAGCCGGCCCACGGCGUGCGAGGUUGAAAUUCUGGACUGGCGAGCGGGAUUUUGCAACUCUCGUCGCGGAAGUCUUAGGAGAGACCGAGAACUUGCCACCGUCAGCGAGAUCUGAAGUCACACUCGAGGAAAUAGAUGCUGCCCUACUCGAACUUGCCGCGAAACCCGGCUGGCCAGGCCACAGAACCAAGACCAAUCGACGCGAGAUCCUCCAUCCUAUCCUGAAACGGCUGAGCAGCCAGGAAAUCAAAUGGCUCAUGCGCAUGAUUCUCAAAUCCUACAGUCCAGCCUUGCUCCCGGAGCAAACGAUUUUGAGAAAGUUCCACUUUAUUCUACCCGAACUACUUACCAUACAAAAUUCUUUUGAGGCGGCUCUAGCUACCCUUGACCAUGAAACCUUGAACGGAGAACUAGUAAGGAAGGUGGACAAGCCAGAGGAAGAGGAGGAGCUGUCCAGCUUGUACACGAAAGCCGCGCGCGUCAUUCGACCAAUACUCGGGGUGAUGGUUCAAAGGCAAUCUUAUCAAAAGGCAAGGAGCAUGCGUCAUUGCAUUCAGAUUUCAACACCCAAAGAUCCCGAUCGACAAGGGACUUUGCCGAUGCAAAUUGAGAGAAAGUACGACGGUGAAUAUUGUCAAAUCCAUGUGGAUCUCUCGAAAGCCGAAGGGGACAGGAUCAAGAUAUUCUCCAAAAGUGGGAAGGACUCAACAGCUGACCGUGAAGGCCUUCAUCGAGCUAUCGAAGAUAGUUUACUUCUUGACGAUAUAAAGUGCCCUAUCGGAAAGAACUGCAUUCUUGAGGGAGAACUACUAGUCUGGAAUCGUGAGAAACAGCAGAUCCAGCCCUUUCAUGUGAUACGCAAAUACGUACUCCAUGGAGGGAGAUCAAUCGGAACUUCCAAAGACUCUCCCAAAGAUAAGGAUGAGAAUCUCAUGAUAAUGUACUUUGACUUAUUGUACAUCGACGAUCACUCGCUUUUGAAUGAUUGCCUUAGGGAAAGGAGAAGACGUCUUAACCAGCUGAUUGAGCAAAGGGAGGGCGUUUGUGAGUUGGCGGCAGCUAAGAUUCUACACUUCGGCAGAGCUGACGCACAGGAGAAUUUGUUCGAGUACUUUACGCAAGCCAUCAGGGAUAGGUGGGAGGGUCUGGUUGUAAAGUCAAUCCCAGAUCCAUACUUUUCAUGGGGAAAACCCCCUACAGUGAUCAAAUUGAAAUCUGAUUAUGUCAAUGGUCUUGAGGAGCCUAUCGAUCUUUGUAUCGUUGGAGGCUAUCUAGAGCAGAUCGCCGCUAUCAAAUACAGACCCAACAAUCUGUCUUGGACAUCUUUCUACCUCGCUUCCUUCGAAAACAAGGCUGAGGUGGAGGAGCUCAAUGCUCGGCCUCAAUUCCGAAUCGUGGAUAUCCUCCACAUCCAGAAUCAAUGCAUCUCGAGGGCGGACAUACUUCAUAUAAACCAGGAAGGUCGGUAUCGACAGGCUGACCGGUCAGUACUCAACGAAUACCUCGAAAUCUCUUUCGAGUGCAAAGUUCCCACCCGGCCGAUAACAUUUUUCAAAGAACCUUUCGUUGUCGAAGUUAUGGGCGCCGGCUUCGAUAAGCCUCAAGACGCCGCGUACCUCACACAUCGAUUCCCACGCGUUAAGCUGCAUACCGACAGAACAUUUCUGACAACUAGCUCCUUCGAUGAAUUGCAAGCUAUGGCUGUAGCACGAUCGUCACCUGUUAGCGACUCUCAUAUUACCGAGAUUCGCGAACGAUUGGCGGCCGCGAACGGGAGGUUUCAUCCAAUAUUCAACGACCAAUCACAAGACUCGAGCUCUUUGAGUAGCCUUGAGACAUCUACGCCGACGACACCUCCAGGCCUUCGUACUCCAAGCGAGACGGUUGAGUCGAUGAUUGAGAGAAGCCCUUCAGUCUAUUCACCUUCGAGAGGGGCUCGCUCUAAAAGCAUGGGGCCAAGAACGCCGAGUAGGAUAUACCCUCCGGGUUUGCUCUAUGAUGGAUCCCCAGAAUCCAAUUCUGGAAUUAGCUCUACAAACUCAACCUCGCCAGAACACGAAUUAUCUGACGAUCGGAGUACAAGGCCAGUGUCAGCCGCGCAGAUCAGGAGACGUCCGCAAUAUAUUCCUGAUGAUUCAUCGGAAGAUGUGGCUUCAGAGAGUGGUUACGUUGAGCAACGGCCUCACCUGACCACAAAACGCCUACGAUAUGAAUCCGACGGACCACCGGAAGACGUAGCUCCAGAGAGCAAUUCUGCGGCCCCGAAGCGAAUAAAACCUAACAAUCGUUACAACAAACUGAAACCCGUAUCACCUCCAGUUGUAAGGCGGUUUGCUGUAGAUAAGCUGCUACAAGGGUUGUCUUCCUCGGAAGCUUCAACAUCGCCUGGCAACAGCGAUCGACUCGUGCCCCAACCGAGCCGGCCUUCUAUUUCGCAAAGCCUUCCACGCUUUCAUCACGAAAUCUUGAACGAAGAUCAGCAUGAUCAUCCCCAACCACACUCGCAGGAUGCAGACGAGGAAAGGGGCAGGACGAAAGAAUAUUGCAAUGCACCACAAGACUCCAGCCUCGCACCUUUGGCUUAUCAAUCCCAGAGUAACUUCUCCUCUCAAAGGAUGUACCAACCGCCAGGACCAUCACAUGAUCCAGUGUUCCACGAACCGGUGUUCUACGACCCGCAAAGACCUUCAGCCUACUCAUAUCCUCCCCCUUUUCUUCAUCCUCAGAUAACUUCCGAGUAUGUUUGGCAAAAUCCAGUAUCGGAGUCUACGGCUCCUCCCUGGCCAGCGUCCUUCCCAGAGUCUAAUGUUCGUACUCCGAUUCAACCUCAGAGGUCUCCAUAUUCACAUCCUCGUAUGCUUUCUGAUCCCCGGAAAGAGUCUCGAGCACCACUUACAGAAAUCCCCAAUGCUGCUGACCAUCAAGACCCAUCAAAAUCUGCGUCAGGUAGUGGUCAUGGGCAUUUCAGUAGCUACUCUGAUGAGGCUAAGCGAAAAAGAGAGAAUUAUUACUAUGGUAGCUUUCGUGGUGGUGCAUCAUCACCAAGAGGAUUAAUCCAGAGUCCUAAAAAGAAGCGUAUCCGCUGCAGAAUUGCGAACGAGCCUUGCUCGAAGGAGAAGAGAAGUCAAAUCCUUGUUCACAUUUGUCGAAGUCCGAGUUCAUCGGCAGCCACUUCAAUCGGCCGCAUACUGACUUCUCAUUGGUUGAUCCUGAUCGUGGUGGCGGAUGAUUCAAGGCCGAGGGAUGUUGCAAGGGAAAUCAAAGAUACUUCUUCUGCUAUCCUGCGCAUACGUGAGCAAGUCCUCGGUAAGGUAUCACCCAACGACAAGGCCGUCAUCGAAAAGACUAGAAGUGAGCAAUGUGAUGAAAAGCUGGUCAUUUUCCUUAGCAAAUCAGCAAGGCCAGUACUAUCGAAGAUCCAACAGGAAAUGAAGACAACCCAAGCCCUUAGAACACAGAGCAGACGUGAUCGAUCCAUGGCGAGCCUCAGCACGGCCUUCAAGACCUACUUUGCCGGUGCGAUACAUGUCUCGUUCCCCAAACCUUUCUUUUCUCCCACCAUGGCCGAUUUGCUCGUCAAGGAAGCCAUAGGUAGUCUGAGCAUAGGAGAGGUUGAUCGUUUUGGCGAACUGUGCAAGGCUACAGUUGACCCGGCAGCGCCUCUCUUGGUCACCAGCGCUACAAGCGUCAACUUGCCAACCAUUUAUGAAGAUGUUAAUUCGAAGGACCAGGAUUCUGCUGAGGUGAUAUGGAAAUGGUGUCGAGUUCUGAUGCUAAUGGGAUCAUUGGGCUGCGAUGCAGAACAGGUUUAA